AUGAAGGCUCAACUUUUUAUGUCCCUCUUAGGUGCGCUACCCUCGGCUUUGGCCCAGCACAAGGGCAGUCCCUUUGGCUUCGCCUCUGGUACAACUGGCGGAGGAAGCACCGCUCCGGUAUACCCAACUACCACUGCCCAACUGGUCUCUUAUUUGACUGAUUCUUCACCCCGAGUUAUUAUGAUUGAUCGUACUUUCGACUUCCUGUCGUCGGGGGGCACCACUACGACUCGAUGUUGCAGCGACAAUCGCACGACAAAAUGCCCUGGUGGCUCUUCCAAAGGCCAGCUUUGGAUCCAGGACACGUGUGACGCGGCUUCUGGUACAUGGGAGGCAUGCACGUACAACAAUUCUCCCAGAACUCCCAUUGAUGUAAAGAGUAACAAGUCCAUUGUCGGCGUCGGCACCAAGGGUGUUAUCCGAGGCAAGGGUCUUCGCUUACGUGGCAGCGUCAGCAACAUCAUCAUCCAAAACAUUCACUUCACGGAACUUAACCCUCAAUACGUCUGGGGUGGUGACGCUAUCACGCUUGACGGCAGUGAUAGAGUUUGGAUCGACCACAACAAGUUCUCACUCAUCGGACGUCAAUUCAUUGUUUCUGGCUGGGGUGCUGCUGGUAAAGUGACUAUUUCUGAUAAUGAAUUUGAUGGCCGCACUACCUGGUCUUCUGGUUGCAAUGGGAAACACUACUGGUCUCUGCUGCUCAUUGGUGCAUCUGACUUCUACACUAUUGCUGGAAACUGGUUCCACGAUCUUUCUGGUCGCGCUCCGCAUAUUGGAACCGCUCAGGGUAGCUCUCAGAUCGUGGCUCAUGCUGUAAACAACUACUUUCAAAACAUCGGCGGUCACGCAUUUGACGUAGACACAAACACUUGGCUACUCAUCGAAGGAAACUACUUCGACAGUGUUACCACUCCCGUCACUCCUGCUAGCUUCACCAAUGGUGGCAAGAUCUACCAUAUUCAGACCGUGGCCGAUGCUUCAGGCGCGCAGAGUGCUCUUGGCUACAUCCCUGAGUGGAAUCGUUCUGGAGGCAAUACUGGCGCUGUGAGUACUCUAGUCAACAAAGACGCAGUUAACAAGCUCGGCCAGUACAAGAGCAAUAUUCAAUGGUCCCAUUGGGCUGUUGGCGAUGUUCCAGCCAAUGUCAGGAGUAUUGCUGGUGUUGGCAAAAUUGGCAACUGA